AUGAGUGCGCAGGCGUAUUACGAGCUCUACCGUGGCAGCAGCAUCGGCCUGUCGCUGACGGACACCCUGGAUGACUUGAUCAACGAGGGGCGGAUAGAACCGCAGCUUGCCAUGAAAAUUCUGUCAAACUUCGACCGGGUUAUCACAGAAGUUCUAGCCGAGAAGGUCAAGGCAAAGUUGUCCUUCAAGGGCCAUCUGGAUACGUAUCGCUUCUGCGAUGAAGUCUGGACGUUCCUUGUCAAGGAUGUGACGUUCAAGCUGGAUAACCAAUCCACUGUCCAUGCGGACAAGAUUAAAAUCGUGAGCUGUAAUAGCAAGCGGCCUGGCGAGACCUAA